UCAAACGCUAGCCGAAAACACUAUUUACACGCUACAAGCAAAGCAAAGCGAUUCCACACCCAGUAGCUAGUCCACGGUAAAAGCGAGACACCCAACCAAACAAUGGAGUGCUCCCUCCUCCUCCUCUUGGCCGUCGGAGUUGGCCUCCUAGCCACCGAGGUCGCCGGCCACGAGCCAGAGUCCUGCGACACCGCUACACUGGCCCUUCACAUCAACGGCAUCCCGUACCCCGUCACCGAGAAGGACCGCGGGGCCGCCAGCUGCGAGGUGGUGCGGUCCGGGGUGGACUCGUCCCUGGCAGCGGCGGCGGGAGUGCCCCGUGCCUCUGCCUCCUCGAUGACUUCCCGGCUUUUCUCGUCACCGGCUUCUCCAUCGCGAACGUCCCGGCCGAGAUCUACGGCCCCUGCGGAGGCCGGCACGUCAAAGAAGCCCGGCUCCUCGCGGAGAAAUGCGACGGAGUAUUGGCUGGAUUGUCAUCCCGGAGGGAGGAGGAGAAGGACAAGGACGGCGCCGUGGAGGACGAGGCCAUCCGCAGCAACAGUGAUGGGCUGGCUGGCUCUAUGUCAGUUGUCCAGUAGGAAGGAGUUAGUGGAAGCCCGUUUGGUUGUACUAGCACUUGUGGCCUGGGCCGCAUGCAGUUAGUUCAGCGUUGUUUUUCUUCCUUUCUGUUUCCGUGGAACCUGUCGAUUCAUCUGAUUACAAGUUUUUUGUUGAAUAAAAUGUAAAUAAGGUGGUCUUACUCUUAUCAUUGUGUGUAGAUUUUACCUGUGUUCAUUCAGGGUCAUUCAAUGUCAGUACUGCAAGUGUUGUCUGCUUCC